GAGCAUCAACACAGAAAUACAAAUCAAUUCAGAACAGAAAAAUGCUUCGAUUAAUUGUAGUAUUAUUGAUAACGUUGGCAGUUACUAAUGGUUACAAGAAGCCAUCAAGUAAAAGAUUAAAUGAAGGUGUAACAGGUGAAAAAUGGCAAAAGAAAUGCGCAUUUAAUACAGUACGCUCAUUGGAAAUAAAUGGAGAUUUAAUGGCAGCAAAAGCAGCGUGUGCAACUGCGGGUCAGUGUUUGAACACAGAGAGUUUAAGAGGUAAUGUUAGAGCUGAAGACUUUGCAAUAAACUCCCUGGGAUGUAUGGAAGAUUUUUGCUCAAGACUGAACCGUGAAAUUUUCAAGAAUACUGGUAAAGAGUAUAAAAGUGAAGUUUGUUUUAUGGCAAAAGUAUUGCUGAGAAUGAUGGAAGAUAUUAUAUAA